ACAUAUCUAUGGCCGUGAACAGGUCGUAAGGGUCUCGGGCUACAUGUGGAGCUUUACUCCAGAGUAAGGCCGCAUGCAGUGUUUGUCUUUUGUUUGAGGGCGGCAAAGUUUAUACAUUUACAUACUUUUAAUGUAAAGAUUAUUAAUUUUUCGGUUACUCGGGCUUGUAACUCAGUGGUAGAGUGCUCGCUUCGCAUGCGAGAAGUCGGGGGUUCAAUUCCCCUCAAGUCCAUUAUUCUUUUUUCAUUUUAUUUUUUUGAUUUCCCGCAUUGCUUUCGCUUCUGUUUGUUCGUUCUUUCCUAUCGUUGGGAAGGAAUUCAAGUGUUAUUUAUGAUCUACCCAUAUCUUUUCUCUAUGCCUUCGCUUAUCCUGUUUAUUUCCUCGCAUCUCCGCUUACCCACUCUUCCUCGUCGCGACAGUUUCCAGCUACACCAUGACGAAUACUUCAUAAGUCCAUUAUUUCUCCAUAUCUACCAUAAUAGAUUCUUCAUAACUAGAACAAGGAAGUUACACAUGGACAAAACAAUAUUUAAUCGAUCAAUCGCGAUUCAACGUUUGAAGUUAUCUUAACUUGAGGUGAAAGUGUAAGUGGUGCACUGUAUCAGUUCGACUAGAUAUAUAUAUAACUGUACAAGGCAGACAGCAGACACCCAGACAGCCGAUGCGCUGCCUACAGUAGAAAAA